AGUUGUAGGACGAGACUAGGCUCUUAAACCCAUUUCUAUGUCCUUGACUUUGAAAAAAACCCCAAAAAUAAAUACCACCACCAUUUCCCCUGUUGCUUAAACCCUUGCAAAACCCUGACCAGUGAUGACACUAGUACCGAAGCUGAAUGCAUCGAACCCCAAAGUGUGGGUUAUGAUCGGCGUCGGUGUCGCCGGAAUAUUAAUCCUGACUGAGGUUAAACGGCGACGAUUGAAAGGCAGAAACUCAAUCAAACAAAACUAUGGCGCUUUUAUUCAGCGGAUAGAGUUGCUUCCGUUUCCUCAACCACCUCCUCCAGCUGCUCCGCUUUCCCUUUCUGCCCUCACAUUUGCCAUCAGUGACAAUAUUGAUGUGAAGGAAUAUGUGACGGGUUUCGGUAGUCCAGACUGGAAACAGACGCAUGAGGUCGCUACAAAGACGGCCAUGCUUGUGACUGCGCUUCUCAAGAAUGGUUCUACUUGUGUUGGCAAGACCAUCAUGGACGAAUUUGGACUUGGGAUUACCGGAGAGAAUGUGUGUUAUGGUACUCCAUUAAAUCCAAAAUUGCCAUCUCAUAUUCCAGGUGGCUCAGCCAGUGGUUCAGCUGUUGCUGUUGCAGCUGAACUUGUUGAUUUUGCUUUAGGUACUGAUACGACUGGGUGCAUUAGAGCACCAGCAGCAUUUUGUGGUGUCUUUGGGUUUAGGUCGUCACAUGGGGCCGUAUCAACUAUUGGUGUUCUUCCUGUAUCACAAAGUUUGGACUGUAUUGGAUGGUUAGCUCGUGAUCCAUCUGUGCUGCAUCGAGUUGGACAUGUGUUACUUCAUAUGCCAUCAGUUGAACCUAAGAGGACAAGAUACUUUGUUAUAGCUGACGAUCUUUUUCAGCUGUGUAUGGUGCCAAAGCAGAAGACAGUGUAUGUUGUCACCAAAGUAAUAGAAAAAUUACCAGGAUACCAGACACCCAGACAUCUGAACCUUGGGCAGUAUAUUGCAUCAAAUGUACCCAGCUUAAAAGGUUUCAUUGACCAAUCAACCAUCCAGCAGAAUGGGAUGUCUACUCUGGGAGCUCUCUCGUCUGUGAUGUUUCUUCUUCAAAGCUAUGAGUUUAAGACAAAUUAUGAAGAAUGGAUGAAGGCUGUGAAACCGAGGUUGGGUUCUCAAGUAUCCAAUUACAUUGCUGCAGCAGUUACAUUGGCUCCGGAGAACAUCAAAGUACUAUACAGAGUGAGGACCGAGAUGCGAGUUGCUAUGAAGAACCUUCUGAAGAACGAUGGCAUAUUGGUUCUUCCAUCUACUGCAGAUCCUCCAUUAAAACUAAAGUCAAGGCAAGGUUUAUCUGCUGAAGUUCAUGAUAGAACAUUUGCUUUAUUGGGCAUUGCCAGUAUGUCAGGAUGUUGUCAGGCUGCCAUUCCUUUGGGAGAACAUGAUAACUAUCCUAUCUCCCUGUCAUUUAUUGCAUCUCACGGAACGGAUAAGUUUCUACUCGACACUUUCUUGGAUAUGUAUUCAUCUCUUCAAGAGGAAGUAAGCAUACAAUCCAGCGCAUCUCCAUUACAAGAUACCAAUGGUAGCAUUGAUGAAUCUGAGCUUUUGAAAGAAAAGGGAAAUGCUGCAUUUAAAGGCAGGCAGUGGUACAAGGCUGUAAGCUACUACACAGAAGCUAUUAAAUUGAAUGACAACGCCACAUACUAUUGCAACCGGGCAGCUGCUUACCUAGAAUUGGGAUGCUUCCAACAAGCUGAAGAGGACUGUACUACAGCAAUUUCACUUGAUAAAAAGAAUGUUAAGGCUUAUAUGAGGCGGGGAACUGCCAGGGAGUCCCUUUUCUUCUAUAAAGAGGCUCUUCAAGAUCCCCCCUACUUCAAGGUUGGUCGACGUGUAGGCUUGCCGAAACUUGGCGGUGAGACUUGACGUACUCAUGAAUGUGUUUUCAUUCUCGUGACUUCAAAGGUUUAUGAAAAAAUGCAAGUGGGGUCGAUAUCACACCAAGCAUAUACAAACAUUGUCUAGAUGAUUGGUCAGGAACCACUUGAGGCAUCAUUUUUCGAGUCGCAGUUUUCAAUGAGCAACAACUAGGUGCUUCACCCAUUUUCUUGAGGAUUUGGCGAGCAAUAUUCCCUUUCACGGCUUGAAAACGGACACUCAGAGCAACUCUUUUCUAUCCUUGGCAAGAAAAUUUGUGCCUAUUUUCUUAAAUCUUGGAAUAGAAAACUCCUUGCAUUUCGGCAUAGAAGAUCAAUGGUUGAAAAUCAAAUUUCAUGCUAAUCGACAUCGAUAUCAGCCAUGUUGAACUAAAUUGAUGUGUUUCUCUCAAUGUUGAUCAUGCCAUAUCGAAGCAUCGUGCGUUUGAUAUCGACACUUAUCGCCUGAUUGAAGUUUCAUGUAGUUGGCAUCAAUCCGCAUAGAACCGAGAAGCUUCAUCCGGUCAACACGGUAGAUGUGUUCCAUCUUCAUUUUUUUUUGCAGGUUUAUGCAAAUGGUCUUGAUGUCAGACCAAAAAAAGUCGACAUGAUUGAUGUUGAACCAUUUGGUGCAUUACUUCCUUACUGCUUGAUAAGAAACUGACUUGGAAUGAUCUGAUUUCAUCCUUGAUGACGCUGAAAGUUCCCCAUUUUAGCUUCAGUGAGCAUGUGCUUGGUGUCAUUCUUGCGACCUUGUGAUGAUGAAGUUCUGAGUGUCUGCAGUCCAUUCUUGCAAAGCAAGCGUGUGGUGCAUCUCAUCCGUAGGGCUCGGCGAUAAAGAGGCUUCGAGUGAGAGCAUUCCAUUCUUUUCAAGGACCACGUACGUGGUGCUAUCCAGAUUGAUAAUAUUGACACAGGGAGUAGACUCGAAAGUAGACUCGUGAGGCUACGUUCUACAUGAAAACCACGCUCAAUUUAUCUCCAGAUUUGCCCAUGUAUCGUUUCAAAAUCAGACCAUCAGUUCUGUUUUCACAUUUUACUUGUUUUGUGUAGUCUCACGAAAACUCUUAUAUCUUGAUUUAUGAACAUCAAAAUCAAGAGCCGUUGUUUGCGUUUGAAACUAGACUCGUAGAUCUACGUCUCACGCGAAAACCACAAUCAGAUUGCAUCCGAAUCGUCCCAGAUAUCGCUAAAAAAAGGGCUUUCUAAUCUUGGUUCGCUAGUUUUUUUCCAGCUUUGUUCAGCGUCACGAUACGUAGGAGUAUCGGAAUUAGGUGUUGUUUUUUGCAUUGGAAAGUAGAUUCGUAGAGCUACAUCCCACGUGAAAACCACCAUCAUAGAACUUUUAUAUUUUUUCAGGUUCUUUUCCAAAGUUGCAGACUAAAUCUUGUGAUACUCUAUUUCUAAUCAGAUUUUGGGUACUUCAUGAAUUUCAUCAUCUACUUAAAGUUUUCGGCCACAUCACUUUCGCAAUAUGUUGAAGGCUAGACUAGAGCAAUAUUCAAAGUACCACAAGUCUUUUCCUUGUCGAGAAGACUUUAUUGCUUGAGAGAUAAUGAAGAAUUCUUUUGCUUUAAGGACGACAUCUUCAAAGGACUCCAAAUAUGCAUUCAAGCAUACUUUUCUUUUUAUUUUUUAAUAAUAAAUUAUUUUUUGAGAGCCGUUCAUAGUUUAGACUCAUGCGGUCCAGGAGUGUUUAACUUGCAGUUUAGACUCGUGUGUCGAGGAGCAUUUUUGACUUGCAUUUUAGGCUCGUGCAUCGAGGAGUAUCUUGACUUGCAGUUUAGGCCAUGCAUCGAGGAACAUCUUGACUUGCAGUUUAGGCUCGUGCAUUAAGGAGCAUUUUGACUUGCAGUUUAGGAUCGUCGUCGAGGAGCACUUUAACUUGCAGUUUAGGCUCGUACGUCGAAGAGCAUUUUUGACUUGCAGUUUAGGCUCGUGGGUCGAGGAGCAUUUUGACUUGCAAUUUAGGCUCGUGCAUCAAGGAUCAUUUUGGGGAAGAAUUCUUUUAAUGUAACUUUCCUUCCAACCUUUUGUAAUGGAGUAUUCUUGCACUUCAGUUUGGUAUUUAUUGCCCCCAUUGGUUGAAGCAGAUUUGCUCCUGAUUUUGUGUCGACUUUUGGAAGUUGGAGUUUAGAAGUCUUUUGACGUUUUUUCCUUUUGCGAGUGAUCAAUGUCCAAGUGUUACCCUUUCUUGAUAUUGGAGAGGUCAUUUGACAUGGAGUUUUUGUUUUCUUUAGGGUGAGAACUUCAAUUGGGUUUAAACUCCCAAAUUGUAGCAUGAUGAUUCCCUCACCUUUUGGUGUAGCAUGAUGAUUCCCUCACCUUUUGGUGAUGCCACAGAGCACAUGAGUUGUAGAACUUUUGAAAUUGAACCUUUUUUAUGGUCCAGUUCGGCGCUAACAUGAUUCGCAUCAACUGUAUCGCCAUCAUCGAUGAUGAUCUUUUCCUCUUGCAUUAAUGUCAUGAUCUUUUCCUUCGGGAUGAAGCAUUUUGUGGUGUGAUGACCAACAAUGCGGUGAAAUUUGCAGUAUUUAGGAUCGUCGACUUUGUUUGAUUCUUCAGGUCGCUUUGACUUAGGAAGCUCAAUGACUUCUUUGGCUAACAACUCGUCAAUAAUUUCUGGAACAUCAGGGUCGGAAAAAGGAUAUACCCUUGCUUGUAACUCCUUUAAGGUUAGUUGAUUUUUCACCUCUCGCAUUUGUUGCUUUGGAGCUUUUUCUUUUAACUUUUGUCUUGUGGAGGCCUUUGUAAAAUUCACAGUUGUCAUAGAUUCCCCAAUUUGGUCUUCAGACGAGUCUUUGAAUUUCGUGACUUCUUUUCUAGGAUCAAAAACAGGUGACGCCAUUCUAUGUCUUGCAAUACUUUGCUCCAUGUCAUGAGCGUGCGUAGCUAAUUCUUCAAAAGUUCGAGGCUUAAUUCCUUGGAGGAUAUACACAAGGCCCCGACGCAUCCCUUGAAUGCAAAUUUCAAUCGUGGAAGUUUCAGAAAGUUGAUCCUUGUAAUUGAAGCUCAAUGUUCGCCAACGAUUUAUGUAGUCCAUUACAGGCUCAUCUUUAGUUUGUCUUGUGUUGGUCAAUUCCAUCAUGUUGACCGUAUGACGGGUGCUGUAGAAACGAUUUAGGAACUGACUUUCUAGUUGCUCCCAACAAUCAAUUGAUCCGGACUCUAAGUUUAUGUACCAAUCAAAAGCAUUGCCUUUCAAAGAGCGAACAAACUGCUUGACAAGAAGAUCACCGUGUGUACCAGCACUGCUACAAGUCUCAACGAAAUGAGCGAUGUGUUGCCUUGAAUUUUCCUUUCCGUCAAAUUGUUGAAACUUUGGCAGUUGAUAUCCAAUUGGCAUCGAUAAGCCCUCGAUUCGCUUAGAAUACGGCUUUGAGUAUCCUACGAAACUUUGUGGCGGAUCGCCAUAUUGUACUUUGAUGGUGUUUACAAUCAUAUCUUGUAGUUGUUGAACUGUUAGAGUAGCCACUGAAGCGGAUCGAUCAUCGAAGUGAUUGUCACUUGGAUGAGAGAUUCACCAUCAACUUUUUCUCGCGGUGUUAGAUCAUAAUUUGACUCUCCAGGAUUGUAGAGAUCUAACUUGCUUAUAAGUUGGGCGAUUUGAUGAUCUUUCUCAUCAACAGACUUCUUCAAGGUUUCAAUGGUUUGCUCCAUCAUUGCAAACUUCUCAUUCAUGCCAACUGCAUCAACCAUGAAGGUGUUGAUUUUCGUUGAAGUUGGAGAAUUUAUUAAGUCUUCAGAUUCUCCGAAGUUGCAGACAGUUUUAGACGGUUCAUCUAAUAACAUAGAUGCAAAGUUGCCCUCAGGGGUUGUAGUUACAGUCGAAAUUUGAGAUUUUCUCCUUUUCGUCAUCUCCAAAAAGGUGAAGUAUUAGGAUCCAUCCAAAGCACAAACGUUGAUGGAGCUAACAAGUAUGAUCUUAGUAGACGUGACAGUAUUUUAACUUCUUGCAUGAAACUUCAUUGAUUUGUCUUAAGUCUAUUGUAGUAGUUGAGUUUGUGAUUUUUCAAUUUGUAGAAGGAAAAGAUGAAGAACAGAACUGGUCCCACUGGGUGUGCCAAAAUUUGUUCGCACAAAUUUUUGUAGUGCUGAAAAUUAACUGCAAACAAAAAUAAAAUAAACAAAAAAGAAUAAUGUUAUUUAAAUGAAUCUUGUGAGUACAAUUCUGUUGUUCUCUUGAUUCUUCUCUCCUAAGCUUUUUUCGUGAUUCGAGGGCCUUCCGUAGCGUGUUUCUCGAAUGUAGGAUGAUUUGAACCUCCUAAAAAAUGCAUUUGGAUCUCUAGGAAUGUUAGACAACACUUCGUCUUGUGGAGUUGAUCUUCGGGAAGAACUCCGUUAGUCAAUUCUUUGAAGAGCUUGUGUAGUCAAUGCAGAGCUUUCUCCAAUGCUUGCAGAAUCCUUUUUUUCGAAUCCCGUUUUUUUUCCAUUUUAGAAUGUUAUGUUACCCCCUAUUUAUAGUUGUAGGGGUAGGCCUAGUUGCUUAUGAUUGACUGGAAACAUGUCAUUUGGGACACUUGACAUGUGGCGGCGUCUCAUUGGUCUUGGAUUUGACUGGGAUGCCACGACACUUGAUGAGUUUGGGUUUCAAGGUGAGAUGGGCCUUGAUGAGGAAUAAAAUGGGCUUAUUAUUUUUUUAAGGAGAAAGGAUAAAAAUAACACCUAAAACUAAAAUAGUUUCACAAAACUAGCGCCUAAAUUUAAAAAUUCAGUAAAUAGCCACAAUAGUGCGUUUUUAUUAAUAGAAGUGUACGCUUUACUUCUUGUUUUUUCGCUCCAAUUCCUAUGGCCUUGUCAUUUUUUGUGCUUUUCACUUUAUAAACACUGAACCACUCUACUGAAUAUUUCGACUGAUAUCAGGCUAACAAGUUUGGUUGAGCAGUUACGCGAUCUGCGAGAUUGUCGUUUUUCUCAUAGAAAGGCACAUCGGUAAUGGUAUGUUAUGGUGUUUAAGCUGUACGAAGGAAUGUGUGAUGCUGUAGGCAUUACUUGAAAUCCAUUCUCCUCGAAAUAGUUUAUAUUUUCCUUCCAAAAGUGAGGGUCUUUAUGCAUCAGGGACCAAUCAAGAUCGCCGAGUAGGACUUCCUACUUGUACUUAUCGUACGAACUCAAUUUUUUGAUGUUGUCCUUCAAUCCUCCUUCAAGUUGAUUUAGAGCAUCCAAAAGGUCCUAGAAAGAUUAAACGACAAAUUAGGGUGAUGUUGAUAAAUCUGUGAAUCUAGCAAUCCAUCUCGACCAAUUGAACCUUCUCGAACUGUUUUCUUAUAAGAACCAAAAUGAUUGUGUUUUAGACAAUAGACGAUGUGUUUCACCUCCAUAGUUUGAUACAAUAAACCAAAAGAGUAACUAUAUAAUACAAUUGUUAAAAAUAUACAUUUAUAUAUAAUAAUGAUACAAUUUUUAUAUAUAUACAUAUUCUAUAUAAUAAUUAUAUCAUUUUUAUACACAUUCUAUAUAAUUUUUAACUAUAAUUAUUAUUUAGAUACAUAUUUUAUACGGCUCUAUAUAGUUUCUACAUGCAUUCUAAAAGUGUAUCAAUCUAGUAUAAGAGAGUAUCAAUUGAGUAUAUGGACACUGCAAGUGUAUCAAUGUAGUAUAAAAGUGUAUUAAUGUGGUAUAAAAAAGUAUCAAUUGGGUAUAGGGACUGCAUGUGCUUGCAUAGAAUUUCCUUUUCUCUUUUUUAAAAAGUUUAUCAAAUUGGUAUAAAAGUGUAUCAAUUGAGUAUAGAAACUGCAUGUGCCCAAUUGGGCCAAAUGGCUCAAAGAGGGAAUUACUUUAGCCGAUUGGCUACAGUAUGUCCACCUUCUCAAUUAUGAGCCAUUUU